AGUUGUAACCUUGCCACCAUCUCCUAUUCGCUCUCGUAUUAUCUAGUUAAUCGAGAAGUAUCGGUAACGGGCCGCAUCAAUACCCGGGCUGAAGAACUCGUACCUGCCAAAGCUACCCAGCCUGCAUCUAUACCUGAUAAUAAGCUGCCUCGCCAAUACCUGGUUCUGACUUGGCUAGCUAUUUCUUUAGAGAACACUUGACUUCCUUAUUCCCUUCACCCUUCUUCCUUUCGUCAACUCGGAAGAUUGAAAGCAAAGCUCAUUGGCACACAUUAAGGAAGACGCCGAACUCACUAUCUUCACAUCCGUCAUUGUUGCCUCCUUGACCGGCAAGGACGCGGGAGUUAUAAUCUCAAUUUCCAGGGCUUGUAUAGUAUAGCUAGCUCAGUAGAGUCUACCCCUGUCUCGGCUUAUAUAUAUCGGUCAAGUAGUCGCUCCAUUACCCAGCACAUUAUAUCUACAUAUCAACGACCUCACAUUGUCGAAAAGAGGGGCAUUGAUACAUCAUCCAACCCACUACAUUUUCUUCCAGAUCGUUCACUACGCCGGUUGCAUCCUCACUCGGCCCGCCCCAAAUGCAAGCCCUACCGUACGUCCAAGUCAAGAAUCUCCCUUCUUCGGCCUCCUUCUACUCGGCCGUCACUCAGCCCCUAGGCCUACGAUUUACCUCUGCGAACUCAUCCGCUAUUGUUUUUGGCAACUCGGAGCCUAUUUUCGAGGUCAAGACUGGCAUCAGCGCACCCCGGCCGACACGUAUAGUCCUCUCGGUCAGCUCGCCGUCCGCUGUGACCGCUUUUCACGCUGCCGCAAGGAGGGCUAACCCGAAUGGUAACUCUAACAUCCUCCUCAAGGAAGACGACGGGUUGAGCGGUGAAAGCCGAGCGAGCGCAACUGAUCUCGAGGGCAACAUUAUGGAAAUCGUCUACCUUCCCCCGGAUCGUACAGGCUCUGCCGCGCGCCAGGCUACUCGAGUCCUUGAAUGGAAUUUGGACGUCGCCACCUCGACCAUCAGUGCCACACGCUCCGUUGUUAGCUCAAUUUCUCAAUCACGACCUGGCCUAGCGACCAUCAUGCCGAGCACGGAUGACGAAGCCUGUAGAAUUAUUCGACGGAGUUUCACUACAUCUACUGUCGAAUCCUCUCCACCCCAACAACAGGCCUCAAAAGGCCUCAGCACUGGUGCUACAGUAGGGACCGUGCUAGGUGCGGUUGCGGCAGGUGCCAUAGGAGCCGGACUUGCAUAUGCUUUUAUAAAGAAGGACCGCGAACGCGCUCCUCGCCAGGAGUUCGAGGCACCGCCCUUUCAACGUCGAGCAACGUACCCUGAGCCGCAUCAGGACCACCAACCACGGUAUGUCGAGUUAGAGAGGACCGUUGAGAAAAUGAGGUAUCCAGAGCAGUACCCCCCUAGACCAAACCAAUGCCCACACCCUUCUUAUACGACACGGCGUCCGGAAGCUGGUAGUCCACCUGUGGAAGUUGAUGAUCGGGCCAGUCGCCAUAGCCCAAGUUCACGCACGCGGGACCGCUCCCCCCGGAAACCUUUGAUGAUCACUGAAACAGAGCACAACAGCAACGUCGGUUUGCAACUUCCCGAGCCACCUCGUCCCGCCACUGAAGUUGAGCCAGUCAGCCAGGCUGAAACUCGACACACCACGAACCCCAAAUCUCAGCUUCAUGCGGAAUUAUUCAAGCGACACCAUCCAGUCGCUUCCAAAGCUCCGUCCAAGGCCCCCUCGCAGGCACCAGACGCUCGUAGCCAUGUGUCAUCACGAUCAAGGCGCGGUGAUGAUGACCGGCGCAGCCAUGCGGGCUCCAGGCAUAGUACCGUGCGCCCGCCUCGCGACGAUGCCAAAACAUAUGUUUCGGCACGCACCGAUAAAUCUGCUACUACGGUCCGGCCAGCUAAGACACAGUCCAAGGCACCUAGCCGCGCGGCGAGCUACGUAUCAGCGCGCAAUAUUCCAACGCCACCGAAAGAGAGCGAUUGGCAAGAUCUCGUCGAUGAAGAUGACAAGGCUAGCGUGGCGCCAAGUGACAGUAUUAGCUGUGUCGGGGAAGAACGACCCAAACCUCAUGCUAGAGAUAUACCCUUCCUGCAGCGCCAAGAACGUAUCAUCAUCCAGUAAACCGGUGCACGGGACUGGACAUUUCCUUCUACUUAAUUCUGCAUCAGAACUUCGAACCUAUAUAGGUUCGUCUGACAGAUUUUUCGCCACAGCCGCCAUCUGUCAGUUUCAUUUACGGCAGUAUCGUCAUCCGUUGAUAUCGGCGGAUAACCAACUCGAUAGACGGAACGAUGAAUCUCCUAGUUGAAAGACAUAGAC